UCCUCCCUCCCUCCAUCCGUCCCUUCCUCCCCCGCGGCUCGCUCAGUCGCAGCGGAUCGGACGCCGCCGUGCAGGGCGCCCGCGCGGACUUGGUCGAGCCGCGGCGGCGGGUGAGACUCGCUUGCGCCGAGGAAACGUCACGCGGGCCGAUGGAGCCUUCCGGAGCUUUUUGGAGCGCUGGCGUGCGAGCCGAGGGGUCGCGCGCGCGCGCGUGAGUGGCAAGAAAUUGCGCGGAGGCGACGAAGGCUCAUCUGGAAGGCAGGUUACUUCCUGUUCCUGUGACCUCAUCGCAUCAUGCCUGAGGGUUCGCGUCGCGGGAGUUCCAGAUCGUCCAGCAAUGCCGGUGCCAGGCGUCCGUCCUCGGUGUCGUCGCUGAGCGGGAUCGUGGGCAGGCUGAUGUCACCGGGCGAGCGAGGAGCCUCGUCGUCGUCGUGCACCUCGGUCAACACGGUCUGCUCGGACGGCGAGCGGCCGGCCUCCCUCUCGCUCUCGUCGUCCGCCUCGUCGGCGUCCCUGCAGGACGCCUCGUCCUCGUCCUCGUCCUCGUCGCUCCCUUACGGCGCCGUGCCCGCCUACGACGCCGCCGCCGCCGCCUCCUCCUCGCGCCCGCCCGAGAGCGACCGGUCCGACAUCAGCCUGGACCUCACCCCGCUGGCGGCGGGAGGGGGCGCGGCGAAGGGGGGGCGCCCGGCCGAUCCUGCGCCCCGCCAGCUGUCUCGGCUGGAGAGAGUCGUCAUGGAGAUCGUGGAGACGGAGCGGGCCUACGUCAGGGAUCUCAAGAGCAUCGUGGAGGACUACCUGGGCUGCAUCAUCGAGUGCGACGCGCUCGCCGUCGACCCGGAGCAGGUCAGCGCUCUGUUUUGCAACGUCGAGGACAUCUACGAGUUCAACAGUGAACUGCUGGAGGACUUGGAGAGAAGUCAGCACGCCGCCGCCAUCGCCGACUGCUUUGUGGAAAGGAGUGAAGCGUUCGACAUCUACACGCUGUACUGCAUGAACUACCCCAACUCGGUGUCAGUUCUGAGGGAGUGCAUGAAGAACCAGAGGCUGGCACUCGCUGUCCCUAAAUAG